AAAACAGCUCAGCCUUUCCCUAACAGUUUGUAGGAGCCUCUGCCUACUGCUCCGUGCAAGACUCAGAAGCAGACCCGCGGGACAGCCAGACACCAUGAAGAGCCUGCUCCCUCUCGCCGUCCUGGCUGCCUUGGCCCUGGCAGCUUUGUGUUACGAAUCUCAUGAAAGCAUGGAGUCCUAUGAAAUUAGUCCCUUCAUCAACAGGAGAAAUGCUAACACCUUUAUGUCCCCUCAUCAGAGAUGGAGAGCUAAAGCCCAAGAGAGAGUCCGGGAACGUAACAAGCCUGCCUAUGAGAUCAACCGGGAAGCCUGUGACGAUUACAAACUCUGUGAGCGCUACGCCAUGGUCUAUGGGUACAAUGCUGCCUAUAACCGCUAUUUCAGGAAGCGUCGAGGGGCUGAAUAAGAAGACAAAAAAAGAAAAAACUAUUUUGUCUGGAGUCUGAAGUCCUGUUUUGUACCCCCUGCAGCAGCAUUACUGAAAUAUUCAGACACAUACACAUGUUUGUUUCCUACAUAAUCUGUCUGGCUGUGCCCCUCUUCCUGUCCCCAGGUUGAGUACUUAAAGUACAGUGUUGAGAUGUGUGAUUAUAUAUAAUAAAAUUCUGAUUUGAUACUCA